UAGGAUGGCCAUUUGCUUUUCCUCCUCUGUUCUCUUCCCAGGUCUCCUCUUGGGCCUAAGGCAAGCUUGGUGUUUUCCUUCUGUUUUUUUUUUUUCCAAAGACAUAAUCAUUGAGGUAUUCUGUGUAUCAGGCCCAAGGUUAGACCCUGGACAGGGAAACAGGGACACUGGGAUGGGGACCAAUAAGAAGUUUGGUGUAGCUGAAAUGCUGAGUGGGGAGAGGAAUUUUGGGGGCAGUGAAUCUCACUGGGGCUGGUCUUGGGGGGUCAGUUAAGAAACUUGGACAAUCCUGAGGGGAGUGGGGAACCCUCAGGAGGGUUCAGAAGUGAGGGACUUCCCAUGGGACAGUAUGAUGAGAUUUGUAAUUUGGAAAGAUUACGUUGGGUGACCCACGUGGAUGAUGGAUUGGAGGGGAGGCAGAGCCAGGGAGGUCACGAGGAGGUUGUUGGGAAGGCCAGGUGAGGUCUGAGCCUGGGUUGUUAGGGAUGGAGAGGAAAGGACGGAUCAGAGAGGUAUUAGUGUCAUGGGAUCUGCUAGGAGAGGGAAGGGAGAAAGAACCGGAGUCACCUCCUUCUGGUGGGUUGACUUGGAGAGAUGGUGAGGCCAUCCCUGACUUGGAUAAUGUGUUACACCAGCUACCAAAGGUGUAAUAUAUUAUUCAAGGUCACAAGGAAUGGUCCAAGUUCAGGUGUGGAAUUCUGGGUGAGAGGCGUCUGAAAGGUAUAUAGAUGGCGACUCCAUCCUGGAGCUCAGCAGAGGAAACUGGGUGGAGAUGGAGAUGAGACAAGUAUCUCAGGAGCAAGAGGGGCAGCCUGGGUCUGGAUGUGCCCGUCCAGGAAAGAGCAGAAAGAUCUGUGAGCUACGUUGGCAAGGACCACCUUCCCCUCUCAUUUUCCCAGGGGAGGUUCAAAUCUUGAGGAAGGAUUGAGGACAGGCUUUUGGAAAAAUCCCAGGGUCUCCCCGCCACAGGAUCAGUCUACCUUUUCUGAGCCCCUCGCCGUUCAUGGACUGCUCUAGGUGUCACUCUUACUGGUUGACUGCUUGGCCCAGUCGAGGGUAUGAGGUGUGAUCUUUGUCUCCUGAACUGGUGGCCCAGAGAUAAAGGGGUCUUGUGAGAAGGUCUGGACAUCUCCUGCAGAACUGAGUAUAAGACUUAGGGUUGUAGACAGGAAAAGAAAAAAAUAUAUGCAAAGAAAGAGGGUGACCCUGAACAGGAGGGAACCGUGUACUAAUGACAGAAUUGAAGGAACCAGGAAGUCCAAAGCCCGGAGAGAUUUUUUGGACCUGGGGGCUUUGCCUGAGCAUCAUGCUGUUCCCUGUGAGCAAGGUGGUGCCCAGGAUCAGAGAUGCAGGCCAUAGGGGGCUGUGGGAAAGCUGGGCAUUUCUUGGGACAAUGCAGGUGGCCAGACAAGCUCCUUUCCAGCCCUGGACUUGCUCGCAGUCCUGGAGUUAUUCCCUGGGAGGAACAGAAAUGCAGGAAGAAAUGGUUUAGAGUUGUCUGUGCACCUGAAUUAACAAUGCCCAGGUGAAGACCUUUGGCCUGAACCAAAGGUAGGAGUAAACAAGGAUCAUUGGCAGUGGGCAGGAGUCAGGAUGUCCUGGGCCAAGACCUGGCCAUGUGCCUACGAAGGUGGGAGGGACGUGGGGUGCGGAAGCAAGUAGGCAGGCACGAGGCAGGCCCUCACGCCUAGCAGCUGUCCAUCCCAGGAGUUUGGUCCUUGCCCAACAAUUGGGUCCUCCCUAGCAGGGUUUUUGUCACUCUCUUUCUCACAUCUUGCACUCCAGCCACUGGGGAUGUCCUUCCCAAGACUCAGCCCUACCCUUCCUCCCCAGGACACUUUUCUCAUGCUGCCCUCUCUGCCUCCAGGGCUUUUUCCUGAGCCAGCAGAGCAUCCUAUCCCUGUCUUUAGCUGCAAGGAACUUUGCUUCCCUUCAGCUCCCACAGCCCUACCUUCCUCAGAGGCCGAAGCUGUCAUUGGGAUGAUAUAUUAGCUCUGGUUGGGAUCUGUGAGGAUGCAGUCCCUGGAAGGGUCAUUUCCCCUUCCUACCCUCUAUGUUUCUUACACGGAGCAUGUGAGUAGUUUUUGCGUUAAGUGGAUGAGACCAUGAAGGAGCAGGAAAGGAAAGGAGAGGGGUGAGAUGAGGAGCCCAGCGUGGCCACUCAGCAUGGCCACUUAGCACCGACAAGGACACUGCAGGGUGAGCUGAUGCCUUGACCCCUUCUGUGGGCCCUCAGCCUGGGGUGGACAGAUGCUCUCACCAUCUGGCUUCCUGGACUGUGGAAUUGUGGUUCUCAUGCUCAUGCGUGUCUGCUCAUGUGGGUGAGUCUGAAGAUAGGGUUGAGCUGUGGCUGGCUGGACUUGAGGGCUCAAGGGACAGGGCUAAGGAUCCCUCAAGAGAGAAAGCCAGGAAACCACACUGGGGAAGGAGGGGUGAGGCUGGAGACAGGAUCAGCUUUCUCAUUGGGCUGGCAGAGGAGGUUCAGUGGCCUGGCUGAGCCCCGGAGAAGGGCAAACACUCAUUGCCACAAAAACACACCCUCAGCUGCUUCUCUGGGAGAAGGUCUUGAAGAGAGGGCAGGUGAGGAGAGGCAAAGGACCCCUUGUCACUUGUCCAAAACCGGAAAGGGGCUGAGGCUUAGAAGAGGCAAUGAGAGCAAAGUAGGAGUCACGUGAAAGAUUCCACUUCCUAACAUUUAUGAUUUAUGGUUGUGUUGGUCUGUCUGAUUUUUGAUUCUGACCACAGAUCUCUGAAUUUAUUGUAUUUACCCUAUCUACAUACCUGACUACAUUAUCCAUCCGUCUGUCUGUCUGUCCACCCAUCCAUCCAAUCAUUCUUCUAUCAUCUAGCCAUUUACUCAUCCAUUCACUCAUCUGUCCCUCUCUCUAACCAGCCAUUCUUCCUUCCACUCAUUUAUUUAUUUUUUAAAAUUUUUUUAGUUGUCAAUGGACCUUUAUUUUAUUUAUUUAUACACAGUGCUGAGAAUUGAACCCAGUGCCUCAUACAUGCUAGGCAAGUGCUCUACCACUGAGCCAUAAUCCCAGCCUUCCACUCAUUUAUCUUUCUCUCAUACCUAUUCUCCCACUCACCCAUGCAGCGAGGGUCUUCUGAGUGACAGGACCCCUGUUGGAGAAUGCACAAUGAUUUGGGGGAAUCAGCAUGGUGCAAUUGUGGUCCCUGCUACUGAGGAACUUAUAGCUGAAGGAUGAUGGAUGGUCCAGAGCACAAAGCCGUGGCACAGUGCCCUGCUCUGUCCCUGGGGGACUGGAACACCAGAUCUGGGAGGGCAGGGAGUUGGCCCACUUGCUCACCACUGUGCCUUUAGCUCUGGGAACAGUACCCAGCAUAUUGUAGGUCAACAAAUAUUUGUUAAGUAAAUGCACCACUGAGUAGCUCAGGUGGGGUGGAGUGUGAGAACCAGGAGAGAGACUGGAUCAACUGCCUUAGAGGAAAACUUGUGGGUGUGGGGGUUGGAGCUCCGUGUGGAGAUAUUUGGCAGAUCUCAACCAGGAUAAUUUGAGGCUGAGCCUCCAGCAAAUGAAUUUGUAGCUCUUGGGUUAGGGUGCCAUACUGGAAUGGCACUCGUUUUGGGGUGGCAGUUCUGGGGCACUGCAGGGAUCUGUAGGUGUGGCAAUCAAACUGGUUGGCCUUUCAUGUCUCAGAGCUGCCCUGGCUCCAGGGUGCAGGCCUUAGGAAUCAUCUGACCUCAGCACUAUUCAUUCACAUGAGGACAUGUGGUUUGGCGAUGGAAAGUGACCACCUGGGACACACAGGAGGCAGAGGCAGAGAGCCUCUAGAACUCAGGCUUUGGGUUUCCAGCCAAAGGUUUACUCCUUCCUUUUUCUUCUUUUUGGGAAGAAGUCUUUGUUUUUGAAUCAGGUCAUAAAUUUCCUUCUGAUGGGCAGGAGCCAAGAAGGCAAGGGCCAAUGUCUCAGCCAGCACUGUCCACUGCUCCACUUAUGCUCCAUCUCUGGAUUAGCGCUGAGCCUUCUAGGCUUAUAUCGAGGCCUGUUCUGGGCCCCUCCUGCCUGCCCCACCCUGGGCAGUAGCUAUAUGGGGCAGCCUCCCUCUGUGGCCAACCUCUCCUGCUGGUUGGGUUGAAAGCAGGUCCAGAGGGCUAAACUGAGAGCAGAACAGUGUGGAUUAUGGUGUGAACUGGGAGCCUGGACACCAGCAAGCAGGUUCUCAGGCCAACUUGGUUUCUACUCUGUGGGGGGAGGGUAGCCCUAAUGAGCUGCUUCUCCAGUUAUCUCAUCUGUAGAGUGGGACCACAAUCCCUUCCCUCCUGCCCUUCCUUCUGAACUUGACUAAGUGGGACUGUACUUUGGGAGAUUUUUUCAGAGAUCUUGUGAGGAUGGGAGGGAACCUGUUGGAAGGCAUCAGGAAGCAAAGGUUCUUGGGAGCCUCGUGUGCCUGGAGAGAGGCCUGGCAGUGGGAGGCCACCGACCUGGACACAGUUAGCAGAUAUGCUGCAGCAGCUGCAGGGUGGGGUGUUGCUGCAACUGAAGUCACCCUCGGCCUGAUCCUUAUCAUCCUAGUUGUCGCCAUCUCUGAGUGUGGGAUUAGAGUCUCCAUGCUCACACACAUCUGUAUUUGUGUGUGUGUCUGAAGAUGAGGCCCAGGGGCUAUAGGGCUCAGUGGACUAUGGCAGGCCCCGGACCACACACUGGGUCUGAGUCUUGACUCUCUUGUGGCAGUAUCUGUCCUUCUCUGGGGUCAGCCAAGCCACAGGGCCUCUUCUGCCAGUUUAGGAGAAAGCUGGUCCAGGCUCUGCCCCUCUCCCCUCACUGCCUGGGCUUUCCUUUUUGUCUCAUCAAAAAAGUCAAAAGGUGUCUCAGCCCUGCCCCCUGAGCCCUCAAGUCCCCCCUGCUCUAGAUCAGCCUUUUCAACCUGUUUUCUGUUGUAAUAAAAAACAAAACAAAAUAAAACAAAACAAAAAACCCUACCCUUUGCUGAACAAAGGGACCUGGGACAGGAGUGGGGAUAAGCUAGUGUGAUUCAGGCCUUUUCUCCCUCCCUCAAGAGCCAAUAAGGCCUGCAUGGAUCUUGGAGUCCAGAGGCCUCCUCUUGCAGGGCUCUCACUUCAGACCUGAGUUCUGGGGGCAGCUGGGUGGCCAUGGGAAAGCUAGCUCUCUGGGUGCCCUGUUCUCAUCUUUGAAAAAUCCUCUAAACCUGAAGGCAGCUGCAGAUCCCCAGGUACUGGGCCACCCCCAGUAGAGACUCUGUGGUUUCUCCACCCAGCAUUUCUAGCAAUAGGAGUCACCCAGACUCAGUCUCAAAUCCAGGCUCUGCCACAGUGCUGCAUGUGACCAUGUUGAGUUGGGUUACCCCAGAGCCUCCCAGGGGCUCAUCUGUGAACUGUGAUAGUGCCUGGCCCUAAGGGCAGCUGUGAGGGCUGGAUGAGGUCAGGCCACGCAGAGUUGGCUGAAGUGGGGGGGAACCCUCCAUGGCAGGGGUGCAGGAUGCACAGGUGGACAGGUGGUGCCCCAGCUCUAAUGACCUUGCUUGGGUGUCCCCUCAGUGCACACUUCUUCCUGGAAAUAGAAGGGUUUGAGCCCAACCCCACUGUUACCAAGACCUCUCCCCCCAUCUUCUCCAAACCCAUGGACUCCAACAUCCGGCAGUGCAUCUCUGGCAACUGUGAUGACAUGGACUCUCCCCAGUCUCCACAGGAUGAUGUGACAGAGACCCCAUCCAAUCCCAACAGUCCAAGCGCAAACCUGGCUAAGGAAGAGCAGAGGCGGAAGAAGAAGCGGCUGAAGAAGCGCAUCUUUGCAGUGGUGUCUGAGGGCUGCGUGGAGGAGCUGGUGGAGCUGCUGGCGGAGCUGCAGGAGCUUUGCAAGAGGCGCCGCGGUGGCAUGGAUGUGCCCGACGUCCUCAUGCACAAGCUGACGGCCUCGGACACGGGGAAGACCUGCCUGAUGAAGGCCUUGUUAAACAUCAACCCCAACACCAAGGAGAUCGUGCGGAUCCUGCUGGCCUUUGCCGAGGAGAACGACAUCCUGGACAGGUUCAUCAACGCCGAGUAUACUGAGGAGGCCUAUGAAGGGCAGACUGCGCUGAACAUCGCCAUCGAGCGGCGCCAGGGAGACAUCACCGCGGUGCUCAUCGCGGCGGGCGCCGACGUCAACGCCCAUGCCAAGGGGGUCUUCUUCAACCCCAAGUACCAGCACGAAGGCUUCUACUUCGGUGAGACGCCCCUGGCCCUGGCGGCAUGCACCAACCAGCCCGAGAUCGUGCAGCUGCUGAUGGAGAAUGAGCAGACAGACAUCGCCUCGCAGGACUCUCGGGGAAACAACAUCCUACACGCACUGGUGACGGUAGCUGAGGACUUCAAGACCCAGAAUGACUUUGUUAAGCGCAUGUACGACAUGAUCCUGUUGAGGAGCGGCACCUGGGAGCUGGAGACCACCCGCAACAACGACGGCCUUACGCCACUGCAGCUGGCCGCCAAGAUGGGCAAGGCCGAGGUGGGCCAGCGGGCCAGGGCGGCGGGAGGUCGGGGAGGUGCCGCUGCCACUCUGCCAGUGCUGGUGCCCUCCUAAGGAUCCUGCAGAACACGGCCUCAGCCCUGGGAAGGUCCCAGCCUUAGAUCCAAAGUGCGGCUGUGGCCUGGGACAGGUUAUUCUGAGUGACAGCCAGUGAGAUGUGGGCACCCCCCUCUGGAUUUCAAUGCCACAGUCUGUUGUUCUCUCUCUUCUCCUGGGACUUCCUUGCUGGGGCUGAGAUGACACAAUGUCUCAAAUGCUUUGUGCCUGAGUAUUUCUGUGUGGUGCUGGACCCAAGCAGAAGUUGAAUAUCUGACCCUGAGGGCCUUAGGCCUCUCCUGCGGACAGGUGUUCCAGAACGACUUCUCUGGGCCCAGAACUGGCUUUUUUUCCCAAGGUCAGGACUCAGGUUCUUUCCAGGGCUCAGAUCUAGAGGCCUAAACCUGCUCCUCAGCCUUUGAGCCUGGGAGGAGAUGGCGGCUCUUAGGAGACUUCAGGGCAGGCAGUGGCUUUGAGCAAUCACAGCUGUGCACACCCCUCCCUAGUCAGCUGCCCUGAGGGCUUUGGGUGGUGUUCCAGUGGCCAGGGCUGGGGACCACAAGAGACCUUUUUAUUCUCCUACUGGGGGAGGAGGAGAUGGGAUUGGCUUCAACAGAGGAGGAAUUGUGUCCUUGCCUCCCCCUUCUCCUCCCCAC